GAUCAAAAGAUUUUAAACCUAAUGGAUCAUCAAGGCAAGAACAACUUACAAAAGAAUCAUUAAAUGCCUUGAAUAAAGUUUUGAGUGAGGAGAGAAGUGGAUCAAGUCGGCAAUUUUGUAUUGCAACAUGGUAUUCAACUCCAACAAAUAAAGCACUAGUAACAACUAUUAAAGGAAAUCAUUUUCAUAAUAUGGGCCACUCCAUCUCAGGGCAACAAUGGUUACUUCCUGAAGAAACAUUAUUUUUGUUGGAAAGAGGAUCAUUAGUUGUUUAUUAUGACAAUACACCUAUUUCAUUGCAACAGGCUUAUAAUUUAAUGAUUUGUGAUUGGCUAAGCUUUGAAAAGUAUCAGAUGAAGAAAGAUCAGAACAAAAAAAUUGUAUAUGCAUAUUUGAAAAGAAUUGGAUAUACUGUCUUGAGGACAACAUCAUUAUCAUUAUUGCUAUCAAAGAAAAAAUCAAAGAGAAAUAAUGAUCAAAAUAAAAGAAUAGUGGAAGAGGAAGGGGCAGGCAGAGGAAUUUUAUUGAAUACAAAUAAACAAAUGAUCAAUGAUGUAAAUUUUACUCAAAGAUUUAGUAGAUUAUUCAUACAAGGAGCAGAUCUAUCAUUUGGAAAUACAUUAAAGAGAUUAUUUAGCUUCUUUGAUGAUAAAAAUAAGAGCGAGGAUAAUGGCAAACAAAUGAUGGGACCAAUAGUAAAAUCUAAAUCAUGUAGCAGUUAUGAAAAACCUCCAAAUUUAAAAAACCUUGAAAAACUUUUCAACAAAAAUGAAAAUUCAAAUAUUGUAUUUGCAUUAGUUGAAGGUGGAAAUAUUUCAUUUGUAGAAGUUG